AUGCAGGCAUUCGUCCCGAAAAAUAGGAGGCCCAGGUUUGAGCUUGUCCUUCGGAUUAGCGAUAUCAACAAUGUUCCUUUGGGUAACGGCACUGCUUGGGUGCGUUGGCGUUUGCCAUCAUCCAGUGCCACCGAACAUCAAGGUCACACUGAAAAAGCCGUUCUCACUGAUCACCGUGCCUACUGGAAUUAUGAGAAGGCUCUCUAUGUGAGACUCACUAUCGACAGAAACUCCAUGCUUCAAGAGUGCGAAAUCAAUUUUGAGAUCAUCCAAGAGUUCCAUUCUUCCCCCACCAAUGAGAAGAAUGUGCUGGGCAAAAUCAAGCUGAACCUUGCGGAAUAUGUGGAUAAGGUUGACGAAGACGAAGGAGUUGUGAGACGAUACCUGAUGUCUGACUGCAAAGUCAACAGCACAGUCAAAAUCGGCAUUGCGAUGCGCCAAAUUGAGGGAGACCGCAAUUUCACCACGCCACCUCUCAAAUCUGCGACUGUCUUUGGAGGAAUUGCGAGGGUGGUGCACACUGCUGAGCCGGGUGACUCUGAGGAACUCGGGCACCUUCCAUCCAUCAACACCAAAAGCAGAGAAGUGGCUGACAUGCAAGACAUGUAUCGGCGGACUCUGGCAGCAAAAUGGACUUCCCGAGCCCGUGACCUGCCGGCUGACAAGCUUAUUGAGGAACUGUUUGCUGGAAGCUCCUGUUGGAAUAACGAAUCCCACAACAUCCACAGCAACGCCCACUCAAAUGAAAACAGAGACUAUCUAAACGUGGAGGCUGCGUCGCGGAAAACCCGCUCCGGGAAAAGACUGUCACCUAGCUUCGAAAAACGACCCAAGAGUUCUUCCAGCAAUCACUCCCAUGGCAGUGGAAAGACACCCGACGCGCUUUCUACUCUCAGCCGCUCUCAGAAGGGCGGCAGUAUCGAGCAGCAACUAUCCGAUGAAGAAAAAGGAUGGGGCUGGAAGCACCGGAAUGCUGAUCAGGAAUUAACCGAGUUCGAUGUUAGGGAGGAUUUGCGAAGCUGGGAAAUUGCCACAAAGGAAUAG